GUAUCACAUGUAUACAAUGCUCGUCUUCCAAACCUGUUACUAGUCAAGGGUGAACUGAAGUCCAGUUUUGCGCGAUGGCGCGACUGGUAGCGUGCUGGAGCUCGCUGCCCGAUGGGCCGCUGGAGCUGGUGGCCAAAGCGCUCGCCCGGACGCAGCUGCUGGCCUGCCGCCUGGUGUGCCGCUCCUGGCGCCGCUCCAUGACACACGUCCUGGCUUCCAGCCCCAUCAGCCUCGACACACGCUGCUUCGCCCCUGGGCUGCCGGCGCCCUCGCUCCCAGCAGACCUGGCCCCCACCCAAGUCACCUUGCGUGUGGCGCUGACGCACGAGUCCAAAGCCCGGGCCUGGCCGUGUGAGGAGCGGCUGCUAGCUGCUUUGGAGUUCCUGGCGGACGGCGCGCGGUCGCGCUUCCAGCAGGGUCUGCUGCAGCUGCAGCUGCCGCUGCGCUGCCCGCUGCCGGCCAGCGCCACGGACGUGCUGGCCGGCCGCUUCUCCAGCCUCACCAGCUUGAGGCUGGUGCGCUGCUCGCUGACGCAGCAGCUGGCGGCGGCCCUGGCCGGGCUGUCGGCUCUGCGGCGGCUGUGCAUCGCGCACGCCAACCUGGCUGCACUGCCGCAGCUGCUGGCGGCGGCCACACAGCUGGAGCACCUGCACGUGCACGGCUACCACAGCCUGGUCAUUGUGGAGGACAACGCGCACCUGCACGCCGCGUGGAGGGCAGCAGCGGCGCUGGUGGUGGCCUCAGCGUCAUCCGCCUCGGCCUCAGGUCCCGCGUCCACCGCGGCGUCGGCCUCGGCGGCGGGCGUCCCUAGCACGCCGGGGCAAACUGGACCUCCUGCAGUCGCCAGAGGCGGCGUAGCAGCAGCAGCAGCAGCAGCAGCAGCAGGGGGUGGCGGUGGGACAGAGGCGUGGCGGCAGCAGCUGAGUGCCAGCACGCUUCUGCCGGCAGAGCCGGAGCCGGCAGCGAGUGUGUCUGUGGGAGGCAGCGGUGCGGAUGGCGGCGCCGCGGUGCGCAGCGACGUGCGCGCAGGCGCCGGGACUGGUGGCCCCAGCGGUGGUGGCCCCAGCGGUGGUGGCCCCAGCGGUGGUGGCCCCCGCGGUGUGUGUGCGGGGGGUCGGCUGCGCUGCCUGGCUGUGUGCGCGGCGCACCUGUACGCGGACGCGGUGCUGGACGAGACGGAGCUGGAGUUCGAGGCGGAGGCGCUGCAGUGGCAGAUGAGGUGGGCGGCCGCAGACAGCGGCGCAGGGCUGGAGUUCCGACAGGGCGGUGGCGCUGGGGCGAGCGGCGGCAUCGACGGCUGCGGUAGUAGCAGCGGCAAAGCUGCGGACGGCCGGGAGGCAGGCGCGGCGUGCGGUUGCGUGGCGGACCCGCACGAAGACCCUUGCUGCCAGGGCGGCCGCGGCGGAGGCGGCGGCGGCGGAGGCAGCAGCGUCUAUGCAGGUGGCGCGGGGGGCAGUGUGGCGCUGUGUGCGGGGGCGCUGGUAGGGCUGCGCUGCAGCUGCUGCUGUGGGCCCAGCGGCAGCCAGCAGCAGGGGGCGCAGACGCCGGCGACUCCACGCCGGCUCAUGCCUGCGGCUGCAGCUGAAGCCGCCACACGCGCAGCGGCGGCGUCGGCGGCCUCUGUGGACCAGGACGCGGGAUGGCCGGCAGCGGCGGCGCUUGCACCAGCCGGACCGGCAGUAGCAGCAGCGGAAGUAGGGGCAGCGGCAGCAGCAGCAGGGGCAGCAGCUGCGCCGCCGCUCGUACCGCCGCCACCCCGCACGCCCGAAGAGAUAGCGGUUGCCGCUGCGACUGCCACCGCCGCGCUGCGCCUGGGGCUGCAGCUGCUCAAGAGCGGCAAGCGGGAGGUGCGGCUGCUGCCGCCGGAGGCACUGGCGGCGGCGGUGGCGCCGCCUGCGGACGGGCAGCCGCCGCCGCUGCAGUGGCGGCACCUGCAGUACGUGCAACUGGCGCUGCUGGCGGGAGAGGGCGACGGCGGAGACGGCGGAGAUGGAGGCGGCGGCCCUGACGGCGGCUGGGGCAACGGCCACGCGGCGGCCGGGACAGAGGCCGCCAAUGGCGAAAGCCAUGGCACCGCGCCUGCGCCUGCGCCUCCACCUCCCCCGCCACGGCCGGUGCCACCGCCUGCGCCGCAGCGGUUGCUACCAGCCGUGGACUGUGGCGGUGCGGCCGCUGCAGCUGGGGCGCCAGACAGCGGGUCACCCAGGGCGGCGGCGGCGGCGGCAGCGGCGGCGCUGGGCGGCGCGAGCCUGGCGGCGCUGGCCGAGCUGCCGGACCUCAACGGCCUCUGGUUGGAUCCAGAUGAGUACGACGCAGACGAGCUGGAUCUGGAACCCGGCGGUGCCGUCGGCGGGCUGGGCGCUCAUGACGCCAUGGGCCACGACGCUGACGCGGACACCGGUGCGGGGGCUGACGUGGCCGGCCCGGGUGCAGGCCGUCCCGCGGCGGCGACGGCUGGGGCCGUAGCAGCCGGACCCGCUGCGGUGGCUGCGCCCUGGCGGUGGGUGCGCGUGGGAGACGUGUGGACGCGCCUGUGGCUGCCGCCGCCGCCGCCGCCAUCCACACCUACCACUGCAGCACCCGGUCCGGCACUGGGUGCGGCUGCUGCCGCGGCGGAGCCCCCGGCACCUGCGGCUCACGCGCCCGUGCAAGACGCCGUGUCCCACGCCGCCCUCCUGGCCAGCUGCUGCUGCUGCUCCUCCCGCCGCCACCACGGCCGCGGCGACAUCACCGCCCCGGGCGGCCUGUGGCCCUGCUGCUGCCGGCUGCGCUCGCUGGCUGUGGGCGACCGGCGCACGCCCUUCCUGGGAGUGGGCGACGACACCGCCGCCGCCCUGGCAGCCCUGGGCGGCCUCACCAAGCUGCACCUGGCCGCAGCCUACACCCUGCCCCUGUCAGCACCCGCAACAACACCAGCAACAGCGCUGACCCCUGUGGUGACGCAGCAGCAGCAGCAGCAGCAGCACACGUCGACGGCAGCAGCUCCGCCUCUGCUGCCGCUGCCGCUGCUGCCGCCGGGCCGUCUGGCGCCGCUGGGCCGACUAACUGCACUGCAGCGGCUGUCGCUGCACUUCGCCAACCCGCUGGGCCGGCCUGCGGAGGUGUCGGCGGCGGCGCUGCCCACAAGCCUGGUGUCACUGGCGCUGCACGGGGUGGUGCUGCGGCACCACACGCCGCAGCAGCAGGCCCGGGUGGCGGCGGCGGGGCCCGCAGCAGGGGUGUCCACGGUGUGGUCAGCAAGGCACAGCGACACGGGCGACCAGUGCCAUGGCGUGCAUCAGCUGCAGCACCCGCACCCCCACCCCCACUUCCACCCGCAGCCGCAGCAUGUGCAGGGGCCGCACGGGCCGUUCCCGCCCACACCAGUCGCACUACCGCCGCAGGCUGCAGUGACUGUUCACCGCCACCACCACAAUCACCACCACCACCACCACCACCACCACCACCACCAGGGGCCGCAAGCGCACCACGCAACCGUCGCUACUGCCGCAGUGCCCGCAGUGCCCGCAGUGCCCGCAGCGGCCCUAAGGCACGCGCCCUCGCGACCAGAGGGCAGUGCUUGUGGCGAUCCCGGCACGGCUGCUGUCUUGGCGGCUGGCGACGGCGGCGCCGAAGGCGGAGGUGGCUGCCUGCCGCGGCUACGGGAGCUGUCGCUCAGCAGUUCAUUCGUGGAGGCGCCGUCCAGGCUGGGCUGCGGCGGCGCGCUUCGUGUGCUGAGCCUGCGGGACAGCGGACUGGGCAUUGAGUCCGACCCGCCUCAACUGCAACUGCAACUGCAACUGCAACCGCCUGCUGGAGGUGGUUGUGGCGGCGGCUCGGGCCGUGGUGUGGGUGCGGGUGACGGCGGUGUCCGGCAGUGGGCGCUGCUGCUGCGGCGGUGGCACGGGCUGCAGGCGGUGCGGCUGGUGGGCAGCAGCGCCACUGCGGCGCCGGGGGUGCUGCUGCCGCAUGGAGGCUCGGCGUGUGUGGACGUGCACAGCCCCCUCGCGCUGCACGUGCUGGUGCGCUGCCUGCCCGGGCUGCGCAUGCUGGCGCUCUCGCCGCCGCCAGAGCCUCCGCCGCCUCCUCCGCCGCCCUCAACUGGCCUGCCGCAGUCACAGCCGCAACCUGCAGGCGGGCAGGAGUGCGGCGCUUACCACCCAUCUGGUGCUGCUGUUGCUGUUGCUACUGCAAGCAGCUCCACCAACGGCGUGAGCAGUGCUAACAGCAGCGCCCGCGCGGGCUCCGACGCCGGCGCCGAGGCCGCUGCACUGCUGCGGCUGCUGCCGACGUGGCACCUCACGGCGCUGGGCCAGCAGGACGGGCCGAGGCGGCUCCCGGAGGAUGGCAACGGCGCGGGAGGCGGCAGGCCGGGUCCGCAGCCGAUGGCACCAGCAGUAGCGGCAGCGGCGCCAACAGCGGUGCAGGUGCUCACCAGGAGCCCUGCUGGCGGCAACGACACCCCAGCCGCUGAAGCCGUGACCAGCAGUGCUGAUGCCGCCGCUGCCAGCCACGGCGCCGGCGGCUCUGCCUCGGGGGAAUGUGGUGCGCAGUCGGCCCACGUGGGUUCGCCCCCCGACUCCUGGCUGCUGCAGCUGCUGCGGCUGCUGGCCCACCACAGCCCGCACCUCACCUGCCUACGGGUGGCGGCGGCCGCCGACCGCGCCGCCGCUGAGGCCGCCGUGCAGGCCGCCGCCGCGCUGCUGCCCGGCUGGCUGCCGCGCCUGGACAGCCUGACGCUCACCCUGGACCUGGCGGCGGCGCACGUGGCGGCGCACCCGCACCCGGAGGCGGCGGCGCGGGACUGGGCGGCGUGGCUGCGGCCGCAGGAGGUGGCGCUGCAGGAGCGCAUGCGCUUCACGUGCGUGUCGCUCACACCGCACCCCAAUGCCACCACUCGCGCGCGCGAGGUCGCACGGGCGCGCCUGCUCCAGCAACAACAGCACCUGCAGCAGCUGCAACAGGCGCGGCAGCUGCAGUCGUGAGCAGGAGUGUGCACGGCAUCAACGACUGAAGCGGGCGGCCGGAGGGCUACGCAUGGGUGGUGGCGUGGUUGUGAGGCGGAUGUGCGUGCCUGAAGGUGGUUUGAAGUGGUGCUGGGCGUAUGGUGAAGGGGGUUGGAGGCUGGGGGCGGUGCAGUGCGUUGCCUGCUCGCAAUGGCGGCCGUGGGUGGCCGUGGGUGGCCGUGGGCGGCCGUGGGUGGCCGUGGGUGGCCGUGGGUGGCCGUGGGUGGCCGUGGGUGGCCGUGGGUGGCCGUGGGUGGCCGUGGUCACAUUCGCUCAACGUGAGUGCAAAGGGGUCAAUAAGCCGCAACGAACGGGAUGGUGAAGGCGUGAGGCUGCCGCCAUCGUGUGCGCCGCACCGCCAGACUGAUUGGAGCGUUGUGCCCGCCGCCAAGAGCCACCAAUGGCUUGCUGCGAGUUGUUUGGUGUCGCCGCGAUGUUGACUAAGCCUUAGCGCCAGGUAGCGGUGUCGAGCAAGUGCGCGGCUAGUGGACUGUGUUUGGGGCUGCCUUGUCCGGCUGCGGGGUUGGGGGCAGGGGGCAGCUGAAGCCGCUUGAGAAGCCCCGGGGAAAGCCGGGCUUGCGCCAUUGCGCUCGCCUAGUCGCCUGGCGUACUUGCGUGCUGUGCAGCCCCCUUGCCUGCUUUCCUUGCCUGCCUGCUCGUCUCCGCUUGUCUCCGUGUCGAGAUGCUGUUGCUGUCACGUGUAACGUCUGCACAUGAGCUCUGUUGUACGUGAACGAGGGUCGCAUUGCGGCAGUGGCCGCCACUGCCGUGGUGGCGGCCGCCGGCGGCCACAUGUUGCCGUCUGGCCCUGCUGCGCCUGCGGCCGCCAACGCUGCCAGCCCUAUAGGUGCGUGUUUGCUGUUGGGAAACCAGGGUUGACAGUGCACGGCCACAGGCACGGCAAUCAAGGUUUGGUGGGCAUGGGCAUGAUUGAUUGAGGUUGGCCGCAUGCCUGGUUGCCUGCAUGGAUUGACUGUCGUGGCUGUGUGUGCACUUUGCCCUGCUGCUGUACAGGACUGAAGCUGGACGCAGGCCUGCGCUUGGAGCCACACGAGUACAACGACAACGUGGACAACGGUCCGCCGCCAAGUUGACCGGCCAACUGGCGGACAUUGAGAUGGCAUUCCUGGCUUCAACGGGUGCCGCCGGCGGUCUCAGCGGUAAGGUCAUGACUCAUGAGAGGGGUGGGGCGGCGGCCCGCACAGCUGACCAGGCACCUGCGUGAUGUUCAGUGGCGAGCGCAGAUCCGUGGCUAGCCCAGGUCCAGGGUGGGGCGGGGGCGGGCGAUGCCAGACGCACAUGCGGACGGUGGGGAGUGGGUAGAGUGGGGGUGUGAUGGGACAGGGUUCAAGGCAGGUUGGCGAGGUCCCGUAGGGUGCAGCCGAUACCCAGACCCGUAAGCAGACAGCAAACAAUUUGCAGCGGCAGAGCAGAAGUGCAUGGCUGGUCGAACGCCGGAGUUACUGUACCGACAAGUUGCUGGCUGGCUGGAAGUUUGCUGAUGCGCAUUCCUCACGCUCCGGCCGCCCGGCCAGGCGAUAGCACCACACAGACAGACCGCAACGCCACACUCGCGAUGCAGAGCCGCAGCGCACCUGCAGGAAGAUGACCAGCGUCCACGGAUGAGCACCAGAGGCAACCGCAGAGAAAAUGCAGACAGAAUGCAGCAAAGCAGUGGCCGGGCGGGUGGGUAGAGUGGGGACGGGAGGGGCGCCAUUGACAUUUGCAAGGCGACGGCGGGCUGCACGCACGGGAGCUCAGGAGGUAGCAAGUGAGUGGCAUGUGCAUAUGUACAUACGCUGGUGUGCAGGCUGGACAAGCGCCUCAUCUCGGUCCGCAUCUCAUGAACCAAUGACACUAGCAAACUUUGCGAGGUGAGAUGGUCAGGGGAUGAGUGACCCACGAACCCUAGAUGGGACCGCCUGUAAUCUUGCCUCCCU